UCUGAAGCGGCAUUUCCACGUCAGGUUUAUUAUUGUUUUCGAAAUUAGCAAACAGUUGCAAUGCACCUCAGAAAAUAUCCUGUCAUUCUGGGACUCGUAGUCCUACUCCAAUUGGCCAGAGGGAAUUCUCCUGAAGAGGAACAGGGAGUUCGAUAUGCAAAUCGCUGUGAAGCAUGCAAAAUCCUGGCUGCCGAAUUGGAGGCAAGGCUUGGAGAGACCGGCAAGUCACACGAUGUUAUAGAAAUUGGAUACUCAGUGGAUGAUGUGAAGCCCAAGAAACGCACUGAAUACCGAAGGAGUGAACUGCGACUACUGGAAUCUCUAGAGAACGUUUGCGAGCGAAUCCUGGAGUACAAUCUACAUAAGGAACGAUCUGACAGUACGAGAUUUGCCAAAGGAAUGUCUCAGACUUUCCAAACCCUUCAUGGUCUCGUCGAUAAGGGUGUUAAGGUUGAUCUGGGAAUACCCUAUGAGCUGUGGGAUAAACCCCCAGUAGAGGUCACCCAAAUGAAGACACAGUGCGAAAAUUUGCUGGAGGAGUACGAGGAAAUUAUCAGCGAUUGGUAUUUCAAGCACCAGGAUAAGAAAUCACUAAAGAAACACCUCUGCGAAGACCACGUCCUCAAGAAAAAGGCUGAAAGGGAGUGUCUGAAGGAGGAACUUGCCCCUCCAAAAACCAAAAAACCCAAAAACGAAAAAUCUAAAGGCGAUAAGGAAGAGCUGUGAAUCAAAAACCUAAAAUAUAUUCAAGAUAUUUGAUUCCAUUUCGUAAAAAAGGAGAAGUUCAAGAUAUUUUUUUAGAAAUGGAAAAUAGUAUCAGAUUUGAUUAACUAUAGAACAAAGCAAAAAGUGUUUAAUUAGUUUAAGUAAACUCACGAUGUCUCUCAAUUGUAUCUGUAAAACUUCCACAUCGACUGAGCCACUAAAUGUUACUGAAAGUUUCGCUUGGGGCCAUUGGCUUAUUGAUUUCGGCCAAGAAUUGGGGUCGACAAUUAAAAGUUGACUGCCCUCAAUAAGGUGGCCUAUUGUAACCCCAGCACCAUCGCCAGGUGUUUACACUCAACCCAAUUUACAAAUGAGACUUAUAGCAUUUCUAAGGAACCUUUGGCAGCUUGUCAACAAUUGCCUGUGAAAUUGUAGCAACAACUUAGUAUUAACUUUCAAAUACAUUUUGGCAUAAUUCUUA